CAAACACACUUUCUCUCACUCUCUCUCUCUCUCACACACACACACACACACACUACUGAGAGAAAGUUGGAAAUCCCGCUGGUAUCGCUUCACGUGAAAAGCCCGUUUAAAUCCGCGCUGGAGUUUAUUUCUCGUCAGUUCGUCGUCAUCAGACUCAGGACCGUUGGCGGAUUCGAGGCGGAAGUUCUACACAGUGUGAGGAAUGCCGUCCUGAGACCAGCGGCGCACAGACAUGCCCAGACACAAUAUGGAAACGCAGAAGAGUCAAUGGGAUCCGGUCCGGAGAUCGCCGUGGAUCAUGAGAGUGGAGCAGAGCCCCGCCUCCUCGGGGGCGGAGUCAGACACCGAGGGCAGCAGCACAGAGAGCGAACGGCAUCGAGUCAAACAGGGAGGCGGAGUCUCGCUGACGUCACCGUCGAUGCUGCAGCAGCGAAUCACAGAGCUCGACCAGCAGAGGGAGGAGCUAAAGAUUGAGCUGCACCUGGAGGUGGCUCUGCUGCGAGGGGAGCUGCAGGUGGAGCAGGAGCGUCUGCGCAGACACACAGAGCAGCUGCAGGUGCUGCAGGAGAAGGACAGGCAGCGGAAGAGCCAGCGCUUGGCCAGCAGACACAAGGAGCGAGUUCAGCUGGAGGAGCAGCGUCUGAAGGUGGAGGAGGUGAAGAGGAGGUGUGAGGAGAUGGAGAAACAGAUUCCCUCACAGCCAGAAGACCAGCGAGAGCAGCUGCUGCUUCGACUGCAACAGGAGAAGGAUGCGCUGGAGGUCACAGUGCGAGCGUUUGAGGACAUGGAGUUCCACAUUCUGGAGCUGGAGAGCGGAGUGGAAGACGAGCGAGAAGGAGAGGACGGAGAAACAGAAACGAUCAUCGAAAGAGAGAUAACCAGAGUACAGCACACACGCAACACAUCUCAGGAACGAGUCCAGCAACUGGAGAAGCAGCUGAAGGACAUGGAACAAGAAAAGGAUAAAUCGUUGAGUUCGCUCAGACAGGAGAGGAAGGAGCUGCUGCACAAGUCUCAGCGGAUUUUGAAAGAGAAGAAGCCGCUCACUGAUUGGUCCAACAUCACUGGCUCCUCCCCCUGCGUGAUGUCACUCAGUCCUCUGACCAUCCACAGAGCAUUACAGGACUCACUGAAGGACGGAUCCAGUUUGCCUCGCAGACGCAGCUCUCACAGGAAGAACACAGACAGACCGCUCUCUGCACAAGUGUUGGUGCGAAAAACACCACACACACAAAAACCUCAGGCUACGUCUCCUCCAACAGACAGGAACGGAAAACAAUCACACACACCGAGCAACAGCGCCAGCACCUCCCGCGCUCCCAGUCCACAGAGCCUCCUGGAUUUAGUGGAGAUGGAGAGGAAGCUCCGAGAGGCCAAAGCGGAGCGGGAACGUCUGCUGAAGGAGAGAGAGGAGAGACAGCCCACAAAAAAAACAAAAAAACAGCAGCCGCACGAUGAUGAUGAGGAGCGACUGCAGAUCAACUCGACACACAGAAACCUGGAGCAGGGCGUCCCGCUGUCUCUGACGGUGAACUUUGACCUGCGGGCUCACGUGGAGGCUCUGGGUCAUAACGUGACGGGCUGUAUGGGGGUCAAUCUGUCUCCUCGGCGGUGCGGAGGCUUUCUGACCAAACGCGGAGGACGAGUGAAGACCUGGAGGAGGAGGUGGUUCAUCUUCGAUCUGGACCACCAGAGACUGGCCUACUACACCGAACUGGACGAGAAGAAACUCAAAGGUGUGAUUUACUUCCAGGCCAUCGAGGAGGUUUAUUACGAUCAUCUGCGAACCGCUUCAACAUCUCCGCGGCCGAGCCUCACCUUCUGCGUCAAAACCUACGAGCGGCUCUUUUUCCUGGCGGCUCACAGCGCUGAAGCCAUGAGGAUCUGGAUGGACGUUAUAGUCACGGCCACAGACGAGCACAGCAGAUACUGAGGAGCAGAGGACGCUGGGAUACCUGCUGUUACACUACCAGAGCACACACUUUAUUUAUUACUGUUCAUUCUUGUCAUAUUUUGCUAAUGAGAUGGGAAAGAAUCCUGCGAAGUGUUAAUAAACAUUUACAUUCCAAA